ACUGGAGUAGGAACCGCUCCAUUCUCUUAUGGGUUAAAUUCUGCUCUGUGCAGACCUAGUGGUGAUGUAUAAAUUGCAGCCCUGCCUUUUUUUCGAAGGAUUCUAAAAUAGGUUUUCAGAAUUAGUGCUGGAUUUUUGCUCCUGCAUGUGCGGUGACUCUUGAUUUUUUCCCUUCAGAGAAGCAUCCUUUGCAGCAUUCCCCCUUCCGAGGAAUCACUUAGACACUUCCAGCUGGUGGCAGGGGAUACAGCCAUAAUACAGCUUCCCGUGUCCCAGCUGUCUUUUUCACUACGGUAAAUGCAUUACGAUGGCUGCACUCGCGUGUAAAGGGUCAGGUACAGGGAGGUGUAGGAUGAAGUCUGGAAACCGUCGUUGGGGUUUUUAAAGCUUUGGCUUCUCCAGCAUCUUGGCAUUUUGAAUGUCUUCCUGCUUGGAGUUCAAGGUUUCUCUCCAGUGAUUGGAAUGCUGCUGGAAGCCUGAUUAAAGGUGCCUGAGGAUAUCACCUUCUACCAGGAAGCCCUGCGUGCUUGAGAGGGUCCUUUUCAAUGCAUUAUGGCUCAUGCGGCCUCCCAAUUAAAGAAAAACCGGGAUUUAGAAAUCAAUGCUGAAGAGGAGACAGAGAAAAAAAGGAAACACCGCAAACGGUCCCGGGAUCGGAAGAAAAAGUCUGAUGCCAAUGCGAGUUACUUAAGAGCAGCUCGAGCUGGACACUUAGAAAAGGCCCUUGACUACAUAAAAAAUGGAGUUGACAUCAACAUUUGCAAUCAGAAUGGGUUGAACGCUCUCCAUCUUGCUUCCAAAGAGGGCCAUGUAGAAGUUGUUUCUGAACUGCUACAGAGAGAAGCCAAUGUGGAUGCAGCUACAAAGAAAGGAAACACAGCGUUGCAUAUAGCAUCUUUGGCAGGGCAAGCAGAGGUGGUAAAGGUCUUGGUUACAAAUGGAGCCAAUGUCAACGCCCAGUCCCAGAAUGGUUUCACACCAUUGUAUAUGGCAGCCCAGGAGAACCACCUGGAAGUUGUCAAGUUUCUCCUCGACAAUGGUGCAAGCCAGAGCCUGGCCACAGAGGACGGCUUCACACCAUUGGCAGUAGCUUUGCAACAAGGUCACGAUCAAGUAGUGUCACUUCUGCUAGAAAAUGACACAAAAGGAAAAGUGCGUCUUCCAGCUCUUCACAUCGCUGCCCGAAAAGAUGACACGAAAGCCGCUGCCCUGCUGCUGCAGAAUGACAACAACGCGGACGUGGAGUCAAAGAGUGGCUUCACUCCGCUCCACAUAGCUGCUCACUAUGGAAAUAUCAACGUAGCCACAUUGCUGUUAAACCGAGCAGCUGCCGUGGACUUCACUGCACGGAAUGACAUCACUCCUCUACAUGUUGCAUCAAAAAGAGGAAAUGCCAACAUGGUAAAACUAUUGCUUGAUCGAGGAGCUAAAAUCGAUGCCAAAACAAGGGAUGGUCUGACGCCGCUGCACUGUGGAGCUAGAAGUGGCCAUGAACAGGUGGUGGAGAUGCUGCUCGAUCGAGCUGCCCCCAUUCUCUCCAAAACCAAGAAUGGACUGUCUCCACUGCACAUGGCUACACAGGGGGAUCAUUUAAACUGUGUCCAGCUUCUCCUCCAGCAUAAUGUUCCUGUGGAUGACGUCACCAAUGACUACCUGACCGCCCUGCACGUAGCUGCCCACUGUGGCCAUUACAAAGUCGCCAAGGUUCUCUUGGACAAGAAAGCUAAUCCCAACGCCAAAGCCCUGAAUGGCUUUACCCCUCUUCACAUUGCCUGCAAGAAGAAUCGAAUUAAAGUGAUGGAACUCCUUCUAAAACACGGUGCAUCCAUCCAAGCUGUAACCGAGUCGGGCCUUACCCCAAUCCAUGUUGCUGCCUUCAUGGGGCAUGUAAAUAUCGUGUCACAACUAAUGCAUCAUGGAGCCUCACCAAAUACCACUAACGUGAGAGGAGAGACAGCCCUGCACAUGGCAGCUCGGUCCGGUCAGGCUGAAGUCGUGCGGUAUCUGGUGCAAGAUGGAGCUCAGGUAGAAGCUAAAGCUAAGGAUGACCAAACCCCACUCCACAUUUCUGCCCGACUGGGGAAAGCAGAUAUAGUACAGCAGUUGUUGCAGCAAGGAGCAUCUCCAAACGCAGCGACAACUUCGGGGUACACCCCACUGCACCUUGCCGCGCGAGAGGGACAUGAGGACGUCGCAGCGUUCCUUUUGGAUCAUGGCGCAUCUUUAUCUAUAACGACAAAGAAAGGAUUUACUCCCCUUCAUGUGGCAGCAAAAUAUGGGAAACUUGAAGUAGCCAAUCUCCUACUACAGAAAAGUGCAUCUCCAGAUGCUGCUGGGAAGAGCGGACUAACUCCACUGCAUGUAGCUGCACAUUAUGAUAAUCAGAAAGUGGCUCUUCUGCUUCUGGACCAAGGAGCCUCACCCCACGCGGCUGCAAAGAAUGGUUAUACACCACUGCACAUUGCUGCCAAAAAGAACCAGAUGGACAUAGCAACAACUCUGCUGGAAUAUGGUGCUGAUGCAAAUGCAGUUACCCGGCAAGGAAUUGCUUCUGUCCAUCUUGCAGCUCAGGAAGGACAUGUGGACAUGGUAUCACUGCUCCUCAGCAGAAAUGCUAAUGUGAACUUGAGCAAUAAGAGUGGCCUGGCCCCACUCCAUUUGGCUGCUCAAGAAGACAGAGUGAAUGUGGCCGAAGUCCUUGUAAACCAGGGGGCACAUGUGGACGCCCAGACAAAGAUGGGAUAUACGCCACUACAUGUAGGCUGCCACUAUGGAAACAUCAAGAUUGUUAACUUCCUGCUCCAGCAUUCUGCAAAAGUAAAUGCCAAAACAAAGAAUGGGUAUACACCAUUACACCAAGCAGCUCAACAGGGACACACCCAUAUAAUCAAUGUGUUGCUUCAAAACAAUGCCUCCCCCAAUGAACUCACUGUGAACGGGAACACUGCCCUGGCCAUUGCCCGGAGGCUUGGCUACAUCUCGGUGGUGGACACCCUGAAGGUGGUGACCGAAGAGACCGUGACCACAACUACUGUCAUAGAGAAGCACAAAAUGAAUGUUCCAGAAACUAUGAAUGAAGUUCUUGAUAUGUCUGAUGAUGAAGUUCGUAAAGCCAACGCCCCUGAAAUGCUCAGUGAUGGCGAAUAUAUCUCAGAUGUUGAAGAAGGUGAUAGAUGUACAUGGUAUAAAAUUCCCGAAGUACAACAGUUUACCAUGAAAAGUGAAGAUGCGAUGACAGGCGACACGGACAAGUAUCUUGGGCCACAAGACCUCAAGGAACUGGGUGAUGACUCUCUGCCUGCAGAGGGCUACGUGGGCUUCAGUCUGGGGGCCCGUUCUGCCAGUCCCAAGAUCAGCCUCCGCUCCUUCAGCUCGGAUAGGUCUUACACCUUGAACCGAAGCUCCUACGCCCGGGACAGCAUGAUGAUUGAGGAGCUGCUGGUGCCGUCCAAAGAGCAGCAUCUAACAUUCACAAGAGAAUUUGACUCAGAUUCUCUUAGACAUUACAGCUGGGCUGCAGAUACCUUGGACAAUGUCAAUCUUGUCUCAAGUCCUGUUCAUUCUGGGUUUCUGGUUAGCUUUAUGGUGGAUGCUCGAGGGGGCUCCAUGAGGGGAAGCCGUCACCACGGGAUGAGGAUUAUCAUUCCUCCACGCAAGUGUACGGCCCCCACCCGCAUCACCUGCCGUUUGGUAAAGAGACAUAAACUGGCCAACCCACCCCCCAUGGUGGAAGGAGAGGGAUUAGCCAGUAGACUGGUAGAAAUGGGUCCUGCAGGGGCACAAUUUUUAGGCCCUGUCAUAGUGGAAAUCCCUCACUUUGGGUCUAUGAGAGGCAAGGAGAGAGAGCUCAUUGUUCUUCGCAGUGAAAAUGGUGAAACAUGGAAGGAGCAUCAAUUCGACAGUAAAAAUGAAGAUUUAACUGAAUUACUUAACGGCAUGGAUGAAGAACUUGACAGCCUGGAGGAGUUAGGGAAAAAGCGCAUCUGCAGGAUUAUCACUAAGGAUUUCCCCCAGUAUUUUGCAGUGGUUUCACGGAUUAAGCAGGAAAGCAAUCAGAUUGGUCCUGAAGGUGGAAUUCUGAGCAGUACCACUGUGCCCCUUGUCCAAGCUUCUUUCCCAGAGGGUGCUUUAACCAAAAGAAUUCGAGUAGGCCUCCAGGCCCAGCCUGUUCCAGAUGAAAUUGUGAAAAAGAUCCUUGGAAACAAAGCAACAUUUAGCCCAAUUGUCACUGUGGAACCAAGAAGAAGGAAAUUCCAUAAGCCUAUCACAAUGACCAUUCCAGUGCCCCCAGCCUCAGGAGAAGGUGUCUCCAAUGGAUACAAGGGAGAUACCACACCCAAUCUGCGCCUUCUCUGUAGCAUUACAGGGGGCACAUCGCCUGCUCAGUGGGAAGACAUCACAGGAACUACUCCUUUGACAUUUAUAAAGGAUUGUGUCUCUUUUACAACCAAUGUUUCAGCCAGAUUUUGGCUUGCAGACUGCCAUCAAGUUUUAGAAACUGUAGGGUUAGCCACACAGCUGUACAGAGAAUUAAUAUGUGUUCCAUAUAUGGCCAAGUUUGUUGUUUUUGCCAAAAUGAAUGAUCCUGUAGAAUCCUCUCUGCGAUGUUUCUGCAUGACAGAUGAUAAAGUGGAUAAAACUUUAGAGCAGCAAGAGAAUUUUGAGGAAGUUGCAAGAAGCAAAGAUAUUGAGGUUCUUGAAGGAAAACCUAUUUAUGUUGAUUGUUAUGGAAACCUGGCCCCACUUACCAAAGGAGGACAGCAACUUGUUUUUAAUUUUUAUGCUUUCAAAGAAAAUAGACUGCCAUUUUCCAUCAAGAUUAGAGACACCAGCCAAGAGCCCUGUGGCCGUCUGUCUUUUCUGAAAGAACCAAAGACAACAAAAGGACUGCCUCAAACAGCUGUUUGCAACUUAAACAUCACUCUGCCAGCACAUAAAAAGGAGACAGAGUCAGAUCAAGAUGAUGAGACCGAGAAAACGGAUAGACGACAGAGUUUUGCAUCGUUAGCUUUACGUAAGCGCUACAGCUACUUGACUGAGCCUGGAAUGAAAACAGUUGAACGGAGUGCAGGAGCAACAAGAUCCCUCCCCACCACUUACUCAUACAAGCCAUUCUUUUCUACAAGACCCUACCAGUCCUGGACCACAGCUCCGAUGACAGUGCCCGGGCCGGCCAAGUCAGGCUUCACUUCCUUGUCAAGUUCUUCCUCUAAUACGCCAUCAGCUUCCCCAUUAAAAUCAAUAUGGUCUGUUUCGACUCCUUCGCCAAUCAAAUCCACAUUAGGCGCAUCAACUACAUCUUCGGUUAAAUCCAUUAGUGACGUGGCAUCUCCAAUUAGAUCCUUCCGGACAAUUUCUUCACCAAUAAAAACAGUGGUGUCACAGUCUCCAUACAAUAUCCAGGUUUCCUCUGGCACUCUGGUUAGAGCUCCCACAGUCACGGAGGCCUCACCUUUAAAGGGGCUGGCAUCCACUUCUACAUUUUCCUCUCGAACCUCCCCAGUGACUACUGCAGGAUCUCUUUUGGAGAGGUCGUCAAUUACUAUGACACCCCCUGCUUCCCCCAAAUCAAACAUUAAUAUGUAUUCUUCGAGUCUGCCAUUUAAGUCAAUUAUCACAUCAGCAGCACCGCUAAUAUCUUCACCUUUAAAGUCAGUUGUGUCUCCAGCUAAAUCAACAGCUGAUGUCAUUUCAUCAGCUAAAGUUACAAUGGCCUCUUCUCUUUCAUCACCUGUGAAACAGAUGCCUGGACAUGCAGAGGUAGCAUUAGUCAAUGGAUCUAUUUCCCCUCUGAAAUAUCCAUCAUCUUCAACGUUAAUUAAUGGAUGCAAAGCCACUGCCACAUUACAGGAAAAAAUUGCUACAGCUACAAACUCUGUGAGCUCUGUGGUUAAUGCGGCCACUGAUGCAGUUGAGAAAGUGUUCCCUUCCACUACAGCAAUGCCAUUUUCCCCACUCAGGUCUUAUGUUUCUCCAGCACCAUCAGCUUUUCAGUCUCUAAGAACUCCUUCUGCAAGUGCACUCUAUACAUCCCUUGGGUCAUCAAUAUCUGCAACUACCUCAUCUGUAACUUCAUCGAUAAUAACAGUGCCAGUAUACUCUGUAGUCAAUGUUUUGCCAGAACCAUCAUUAAAGAAACUUCCAGACUCUAAUUCACUUACAAAAUCAGCAGCAGCCUUGCUGUCACCCAUUAAAACAUUGACUACGGAGACACGUCCUCAGCCCCAUUUCAAUCGAACUUCAUCUCCAGUUAAAUCAUCUUUGUUCCUUGCACCGUCUGCCCUUAAGCUGUCUACACCAUCUUCUCUAUCUUCCAGUCAGGAGAUAUUAAAAGAUGUGGCUGAAAUGAAGGAGGACCUAAUGCGGAUGACUGCAAUACUCCAAACGGAUGUGCCUGAGGAGAAGCCAUUCCAACCUGAACUCCCCAAAGAAGGGAGAAUCGACGAUGAAGAACCUUUCAAAAUUGUCGAGAAAGUAAAGGAAGACUUAGUGAAAGUUAGUGAAAUCCUUAAAAAGGAUGUCUGUGUAGAUAAAGGACCACUCAAAUCACCAAAGAGUGACAAAGGACACUCUCCUGAAGAUGACUGGAUAGAAUUUAGUUCAGAAGAAAUAAGAGAGGCAAGACAACAAGCUAGUGGGAGCCAUUCUCCAUCUCUGCCAGAGAGAGUGCAAGUCAAGGCAAAGGCCGCCUCUGAAAAGGAUUACAACUUGACCAAAGUUAUUGAUUACCUAACAAAUGAUAUCGGGAGUAGUUCUCUGACAAACUUAAAGUACAAGUUUGAGGAUGCCAAGAAGGAUGGUGAAGAGAGACAGAAACGAAUUUUAAAACCAGCAAUUGCCCUGCAGGAACACAAACUCAAAAUGCCUCCAGCCUCCAUGAGGCCUUCCACCUCUGAGAAAGAGUUAUGUAAGAUGGCUGAUUCCUUUUUUGGAACAGAUACUAUUUUGGAGUCUCCAGAUGACUUUUCUCAACAUGACCAAGAUAAAAGUCCCUUGUCUGACAGUGGCUUUGAAACAAGAAGUGAAAAAACACCUUCAGCCCCACAAAGUGCUGAAAGCACUGGCCCCAAACCACUCUUCCACGAGGUCCCCAUCCCUCCCGUCAUUACAGAAACAAGAACUGAAGUGGUUCAUGUUAUCAGGAGCUAUGAGCCCUCAGCUGGAGAUGCUCCCCCGUCCCAACCAGAGGAGCCCGUGUCACCCAAACCUUCACCUACUUUUAUGGAACUGGAACCAAAGCCCACCACUUCUAACAUUAAAGAAAAAGUCAAAGCGUUUCAGAUGAAAGCCAGUAGUGAAGAUGAUGACCACAAUCGCGUUCUGGGCAAAGGCAUGCGUGUUAAGGAAGAGACUCACAUCACCACAACCACCAGAAUGGUUUAUCAUUCUCCACCAGGCAGUGAAGGUACCUCUGAGAGAAUUGAAGAAACCAUGUCAGUCCACGACAUCAUGAAAGCCUUUCAGUCCGGUCGGGACCCUUCCAAAGAACUGGCAGGUCUGUUUGAACAUAAGUCGGCAGUAUCUCCAGACGUUCACAAGUCUGCUGCUGAAACCUCAGCCCAGCACACAGAGAAGGACAACCAAAUGAAACCCAAACUGGAGCGUAUAAUAGAAGUCCACAUCGAAAAAGGUCCACAGAGUCCAUGUGAACGGACAGAUAUCAGGAUGGCAAUAGUAGCCGAUCACCUGGGACUCAGUUGGACAGAACUGGCAAGGGAACUGAAUUUUUCAGUGGACGAAAUCAAUCAAAUACGUGUGGAAAAUCCAAAUUCUUUAAUUUCUCAAAGCUUCAUGUUAUUAAAAAAAUGGGUAACCAGAGACGGAAAAAAUGCUACAACUGAUGCCUUAACUUCGGUCUUGACAAAAAUUAAUCGAAUAGAUAUAGUGACUCUGCUAGAAGGACCAAUAUUUGAUUAUGGAAAUAUUUCAGGCACCAGAAGUUUUGCAGAUGAGAACAAUGUUUUCCAUGACCCCGUGGAUGGUUAUCCUUCCCUUCACGUGGAACUGGAAACUCCCACAGGGUUGCACUACACACCUCCCACCCCUUUCCAGCAAGAUGACUAUUUUAGUGAUCUCUCUAGCAUAGAAUCUCCCCUUAGAACCCCCAGUAGACUGAGUGAUGGGGUAGUGCCUUCCCAGGGAAACAUAGAACAUUCAGCAGAUGGACCUCCAGUUGUAACUGCAGAAGACACGUCCUUAGAAGACAGCAAACUUGAAGACUCAAUGCCUUUAACAGAAAUACCUGAAGCAGUGGAUGUAGAUGAGAGCCAGUUGGAGAAUAUAUGUCUGAGUGAGUAUCCUCAAUACCUCGGAAGGAUGGCUGGGGUCCCAAAAGAUGUUAAACGAGCAGAGCCAUUGAAGCAGACUAGAAAAGUAGGAGUAAGCUCUGAGCAGCAAGAGAAAGGAAAAUCUGGUCCUGAUGAGGAGAUGACGGAAGAAAGACUCAAAUCUCUAUUUGAGGACAUCCAACUUAAAGAAGGAGUAGAGUCUGAGGAGAUGACAGAAGAAAAAGUACAGGCUAUUCUUAAACGUGUUCAGCAAGAAGAACUGGAAAUGUCUUCAAUUACAGGUUGGCAGAACGAGACAUCAAGUGGAAACCUAGAGUCCCCUGCUCAAGCUCGAAGAAUAACUGGUGGGUUACUAGAUCGACUGGAUGACAGCCCUGACCAGUGUAGAGAUUCCAUUACCUCCUAUCUCAAAGGGGAGCCUGGAAAAUUUGAAGCAAAUGGAAGCCAUGCAGAAGUCACUACAGAAGCAAAGACAAAAUCUUACUUUCCAGAAUCCCAAAAUGAUGUAGGGAAACAGAGUGCAAAGGAAACUCUGAAACCAAAAAUACAAGGAUCUGGUCGUGUUGAUGAACCAGCAUCAUCACUAGCAGCGUAUCAGAAGGCUCUAGAAGAAACCAGCAAGUUUGUAAUAGAAGAGCCUAAACCCUGUGUGCCUGUCAGUAUGAAAAAGAUGAGUAGGACUUCUCCUGCAGAUGGCAAGCCAAGGCUUAACCUCCAUGAAGAAGAGGGGUCCAAUGGGUCUGAGCAAAAGGUCAAAAGUCCGGGUGCAGCUCUUACACGGAUGACUGCCUGCUGUUACAAGGACUUGAAAGGCAGUGAGGGUGAUUCAAGCUCAGAGGAGGAACGGAGAGUCACUACCCGAGUUAUUCGCCGGCGUUUGAUUAUAAAGGGAGAGGAAGCAAAAACCAUUCCUGGUGAAUCUGUCACAGAAGAACAGUUUACUGAUGAAGAAGGCAACCUCAUCACCAGAAAAAUCACUCGGAAAGUACUAAGACGAAUUGUUAUCCCACAAGAGAGAAAACAUGAUGACGUGGGAGAAGGUUAUAAGGUGAAGACAAAGAAAGAAAUCCGUCAAGUGGAAAAGAAGAGCCACUCAUAACAGUAACAGUCAACCAAGGUGGAUCAUGUGUUUUUACUGCCAGUAUUGAGAAAUUCAUGGAAGUUGUCAGCAGGAAGUAAAAAUUUACAGAGAAGGGUGUAUGUGUUUGCCGCUUCCACACAUUAAUGGCAUGAUUUUUUUUUUAAUGCAAAAAGAAAAAGAAAAAAACCCACCCACAUUUUAAUUUAGCAUGAGCCAAUUUACAGAGCAUGGAAAUUCACUUUCAUUCCCAGGAUUGGCACGUAUGCAAUUAGCAAUGCAGUGUAUAUACAAGAAGCCAUGCUGUUAACAGUUUAUCUCAAGUAAUUUGGUGUCAUUUAAAAAAGGAAGAAAUUUCUGCCACCAGAAGGGACAGAAGGAGGAGGAGAUGGAAUGAUCAAAUCAUGGAGAAACACUAAAAUUACUAAAUCCACAACAGCUCGCCUUAUUUUUCUUGGACCCAAACUGUCAGGGUAUAAACACUAUUUGUUUCUUUUUUAAAACAUCUAUAGUUUUGCUGUAAAUAAUAACACUGUAUAAAUUCUAACAGAAAAAUAGAAUAAAUGUUGAUAAGGCACUGCCUCUUAGAACACAAACAGAAUAUUGCAAAUGCAUUUAACAUAAUAGGGAUCUCAAGUGACUUCACCCUAGAAGAGGGAGGAGGGGUAAUGGGGGGGGGACCUUCACUGAUUCUUGUAUAUUAGCAAUUAUAAUGUUUGUAUAUGCAAAACUGCUAGCUUGAUUUAAAAGAAAAAACAAAUCUUUAAAAUCUGCUGCAAAUUUAAAUAAUUCCCCAAAUGAGGAAUUCUGUAGUUCUGUGAAAAAAUUUUUUCUUCAGAAUACUAAUAUUUUGAUGCAUGUGUAUCACCUUAUUUUGAUUAAAUCUUUUCCAAUUUUGCAAACACUACAGUAUACUGCAACACAGAAGAUUUUAUCUGUAAACACAAAGCCCUUCAUCUAAUAUUUGUUGCUAUUGCCAAUUUUUCAAUGAAAUGAUCUAAAAAUGAAAAAAAAAAAAUCUCUACAGUAGUUGCUUUAGGGGGAGGGGGGUGCUGUUAGUGCUUAAAAGGGUAAUGCUUGCCGCUUUAGAGGUGGAUGGUGCUCAAAAGAGGCCCCCGUCAGGGGGGCUUUAAAUGGACUGAACAGAAAUUCUUAGCUGGUAGAAUGGCAGCACGCUGUAAACUUACUCCUGUAUUGUGUACUGGCUAUAAGAUGUAGACACCUUUCAGUAAGCCAAUCAUUUGUAACCAUUCUCGCCAUGUCAUAUUAGGUUAAUAAGGCUGCUGUGUUUUAAAGGGCAUUUUUAUUUGGGUUUUGGUGAAAUUCUUUAAUUUGUUGAUUAUAUUCAUAUAAAAUCAGCAUUCAUUGACACAUAGCUCUAAUGACAUAUGUAUGAAAAACCAUACACUGGAUGACCUAGUCGAUUAUUUAAGCAAAAAUAAAUUGUGUUAAACUCUUCA